UGGGAUACAGGGACGGGUGAUAUUGGGGACAAGAAAUUUGAACUGUUUCUUAUUAGCGGGAUCAGCCGUCGCAGUCCAUCGCUCGCUCGUCAUCCCCUUCGCGAUGGCGCCGUCGCAGUUUGCCGCUCGUUCCUCAUCCCCUUCGCGAUGGCGCCGUCGCAGCCGAGGGUCAACAACCGUAACCCUCUGCUGAUCUGCGGGAUCAGGAAGUUCUCUCGGUCGAAGAUGUACCACAAGCGUGGGAUCUGGGCAAUCAAAGCCAAGCACGGCGGAACCUUCCCCCGGCACGAUCCCAAGCCCACCGCCCCCGAGCCCGCGUCCAAGAAGCACCCCAAGCUCUACCCCUCCGACGAUGUCAAGACCCCCGUGCCCAAUCGCCGCAGACCCAAGCCCGCCAAUCUCCGAUCCAGCAUCACACCAGGAACCGUUCUCAUCCUCCUCGCCGGUAGGGUUACUUCUUGUUACUGGCCCUUUUACUGUUAAUGGGGUACCCCUUAGAAGGGUUAACCAAUCAUACGUGAUUGCUACUUCAACUAAAAUUGACAUCCCUGGAGUCAACGUCGACAAGUUUGA